UGCAUUCUGGAAUCAAAACACUACAAAACGCAAAGUCUGGAUCAUGGCAAUGUGCAAGUGAUGGCAGAUUAGUGGGGCAAAAUAAUGUCGAGGGUCACUAAGUGGAAGCUUGAGAAGAACAAAGUGAAAGUGGUUUUUCGGCUUCAAUUUCAUGCAACUCAUAUUCCACAGAGCGGAUGGGAUAAGUUAUUUAUAUCGUUCAUCCCAGCAGACUCAGGAAAGGCAACAGCAAAGACUACAAAAGCAAAUGUCAGAAAUGGAACAUGCAAGUGGGCUGAUCCUAUAUACGAAACUACAAGGCUUCUACAAGAUGCAAAAAGCAAACAAUAUGAUGAGAAGCUUUACAAGCUUGUUGUGGCCAUGGGUUCUUCACGUGCUAGCAUCCUUGGUGAGGCUAUUAUCAAUCUUGCUGAUUAUGCUGAUGCAUUGAAGCCUUCAGUUGUUGCAUUGCCUCUUCACGGAUGCAAUCAUGGAACAACAUUACAUGUUACUGUACAGCUGCUUACUUCUAAAACUGGAUUCAGAGAGUUUGAGCAGCAGAGGGAACUAAGUGAGAGGGGCUUGCAAACGGGUGAUAAGCACGAUGAGAGUAGUCCUGGAAAAGGAGCACAUUUGCAAGUGACUGCUAAUGAACAGAUGGAUAAGGAUGGUGCAAGGUUUAGACCCAGAUCAGAUGCUAGAGAGCUUUCUUCAGUGGAAGAAGAAAUGGGAAAUGAAGAGUAUGGAGACUCAACUGUUGGUUUUGAUGGCUCAUCUAAUACGUCAGAAAGCGUAUAUGCUGAGAGGCAUGACCCUGGCAGUGCACAUGAAAUUGAUAGUCUUAAGAGUACAAUUUCAGGUGAUAUGAAUGGUGUUACACAUUGUCAAAGCCCACAUACACAUAAACUGGAUACUUCUGAUAGUCGCAUCACGAUAGCUCCUGGAAGCAGUGAUUCGGUUCAGGGAUGGGGUUCAGACUUCUCGGUAGAUAAUGACUUGGCAACUGCUUAUGAGGAGAAUAACAGACUCAGAGGCAGUUUGGAAUUUGCUGAAUCAUCUUUUUUUGAGUUUAAGCUGGAAGUAAGAGCUUUGCAAAGCCAAGCUGAUGAAAUUGGUAUUGAAACACAAAAGUUCUCCCACAUACUUGCCACUGAGAUAUCGUCCUGUGAAGAAUUGGCAAGAGAGGUCUCUCUUCUGAAGUUGGAGUGUUGCAACUAUAAAAAUGACGUUGAAAGGCUUAGAAGUUUUAAAUUGAGCCCACAAAUUGUAACUGGUGGACAUGGCCAUAUUGAGCACUAUCACCUGCUUCAGGACAUACAAUUGCGCUGGACCAAGGGGAUCUUAGUUGUGGAGGACAUGAUAAGAGAACUUCAAAGCAAGAUAUAUCUUGGUUUCCAUGAAAGAGACUCAAGAUUCCUUCAUUCAGAGUUGGAGGCGCUGCUUGAUACCUUGCAAGAUCUCAAACAUGGAACAGGGGAAGCAAUAUCAUUGCUUAAUGCAGUAUUAGGAAAGAGGAAUGAUACGAAGGAGAUCAUAGAAACAUCUUUAUGCAGGAGUGAACAAUUUGCAUCUGGAGUUGGGUUUGAAGUAGAAGCUUCUGAACCUGAAAUAAUGCUCCGCAAUUUCAACAUUCCCCCACUUGUGUCUCAAGAAACUGAAUCCAUUGGUGCUAUUGAUGCUAUGAGAAAACAUAUUGUGGACCUUGUUAGAGAGUUAGAUGGGGCAAAAGUUGAAAAGGAAGGUCUUGCAAGAAAGAUGGGAGAAAUGGAGUGCUACUAUGAAGCUCUUAUCCAAGAGCUUGAGGAAAAUCAGAAGCAAAUGAUAGGAGAGUUGCAAACUCUCAGGAGUGAGCAUUCUACUUGCUUAUAUGAUAUUUCAACAACUAAAGCUGACUUGGAAUUGAUGCGCCAAGAUAUGAAUGAGCAGAUAUUACGGUUUGCAGAGGAGAGACGUGAGUGGGAUGCUCUUAAUAAGGAGCUUGAGAGAAGAGCUACUACCUCAGAUGCAGCACUUAGAAGAGCCCGCUUGAACUACUCUAUUGCAGUAGAUAAACUACAGAAGGAUCUUGAGCUGCUUUCUUCUCAGGUACUCUCCAUGUUUGAGACUAACGAGAAUAUCAUGAAGCAAGCUUUUUCAGAAACUUCUCAACCUUCUUUCCCAGGAUACCUGGAUGUAGUGCAAAAUUUUGAAGAAUCUGAUGCUUUAAAAGUCUGGCGCAGUCAGAAUCAAAAUAUGGGUGUGAGGAAACAACUGGGUGGAGAUGUCCUUCUAGAGGAUUUAAAAAGAUCACUCUGCUUUCAGGAAGAGCUCUAUCAAAAGGUCGAAGAAGAACUCAUGGAAAUGCAUUCUGAAAAUUUGCACUUGGAUAUAUUCUCAAGAACUCUACGGGAAACAGUGUCCGAGGCAAAUUCUGGCAUGAAAAUACUGAAAACAGGUAUAAAUGAAUUAAUGGAGAAGUUAAGGGUCUCAAAUGAGUCCAAGAAUCUGUUGAUUGUAAGGUUGCAAGCUGCAGUGGAUGAUGUUCACAGCCUGAAUGAGUACAAGACUAGUUGCGCUGCCAGAUUUAAUGAUUUGGCUGUGCAGAAUCAGAUUAUAGAAGCCAAGUUAGGAAGCAUGAUUGAGGAGAACUCACUGCUUUUAAAGAAGGUUGCAGAUCGGGAAGCAAUUGAGAUGGAAUGCAAAAGUAUUCAGCACCAAUAUGAGGCUUGUUUGGCUGAGAAAACAGAGCUGUCUAUUCUAUUGAAGCAGGAAGCUUUAGUAUCUAAUAAGCUUCAGAAUGAAAAGUCUCUUCUCAAUGAAGAGUUGGGAACUCUCAAAAUUGAAUUUUCUGAAUUGAAAUCUCUCAAGGAAAAUCUCCAGGAAACUGUCAGUUUUUUUCAAGGGAAAGUGGCUACUUUGUUGGCUUUUUAUAACAAACAUUUUACUGGGCUUUCUCUAUUAAGUGAUACUCAUUCUCUUGAUUCAAACACAAAGAGUUGCAGAGAUAUCAUCUUGCAAUUGGAAGAGAUACAGCACAAUGCUUGUAGCAAGAUUCAUCAACUAAUGGAAGAGAAUAGCAAUCUAGAAAAUGAGAGAGCAAGUGCUAUUGUGUCUUUGAGAGCUAUCAGAUCAGAGUUUCUGGCCAUGAAGCAGAAGUUCAAGGAUAAUAUACAACAUGCGGCGUUUAAGUUGGAUGCAUCUAGUGCUGCUGUUGAAAACCUUCAAUCUAAACUUGAAACUGUUUCUAAUAAGCUCCUUCGCAGCUCUCAAAUCGAAGAAAAAUAUGUAGAGCAACACAAAGAGCUUUUGGCUGAUCUUGCCACUUUGGAAGUUGAUAUUCAAAAUCUAAUAUCCAAAGAUGGGUGUCUGGUUAAAGAGAUACUAAACUUGGAUACUUUAGCUGGAGAGUUUGAAAGGAGCGAGUCGACUGUUGCUGAGCUAGUACAAGAGAAUCAGAACUUGUUUGUCUCAUUACAGGAUAAAACUGUGGAAUCUGCCAAGCUUGCAUCUGAAGUUAACUAUCUUAAAGAAAACUUGCAAAGUCUGCAAAACGAGUUGGAUACAGAGAGAGGGUUGAAAGACAAGUUAAAGAUUACAGUUGGAGAUCUUGCUGCUCAACUGAAUAAGGAACAAGACAAGUUGCAAGAGUUUUCCCAGCAAGAAGCUGAACUGGCAAACUUACGGCAGCUUGUUGCCAAUGUAGAGUUGCACAAAUCCAGACUUUGCCAUCUUUUGUCCGAGGGAGAUGAAAAGCUUAAAGCUCAGUCUUCUCAUCUGAUUGGUCUUGAAAGGCAGUUGUUGGAUAUGCAUGAGUAUGUAAUUGCUGCAGAUGUUAAUGCUGUGUUUCUUAUCAGCCUGUACAAGACCAGAAUUGCUGAGCUAAUACAAGAGAAGCAGAACUUGAUUUUUUCAUUACAGGAUAAAACUGUGGAAUCUUCCAAGCUGGCAUCUGAGUUUAACUGUCUUCAAGAAAACUUGCAAAGUCUGCAGAACGAGUUGGAUAUGGAAAGAGGGUUGAAAGACAAGUUAGGGAUUGCAGUUGGUGAUCUUGCUGCACAACUGAACAAGGAACAAGACAAGUUGCAAGAGUUUUCCCAGCAAAAAGCUGAACUGGUGAACUUGCGGCGGCUUGUUGCAGACUUAGAGUUGGACAAAUCCAGACUUUACCAUCUUUUGUCCAAGGGAGAUGAAAAACUUAAAGCUCAGACUUCUUGUUUGAUUGGUCUUGAAAGUCAGUUGUCAGAUAUGCAUGAGUAUUUAAUUGGUGCAGAUGUUAAGGCUGUGUUUCUAAUCAGCAUGUACAAGAUCAGAAUUCAGGAGCUUGAGCAGCAACUCAGAUCUUCAGAUCUGUGUUUUAGGGAGCUUCAGAAAAAGCAUUUUGAUCUGGAUGCAAUGUUGAAUUGCUCUCUUGCAAAUGAAUCUCGUUGCUCCAAAGAAAAUUCAAAUCUAGUGAAAGCUAUUGAAUCAGUAAGAUCUGAUUUUGAAGCCUCUGCAGUGCAGAAUAGAGUUCUGUCAGAUGCAAACAGAGAUAUCAUGGUUCAACUUGAAGAAUACAAGACAAAGCUGGCAAGUCUAGAGGUUAAAAUGUCUGAGGAUAAAGAUCAGCAUCUGAAUGAGGUGGAACAAUUGAAAGUGAAACUGGAAAUUGCUGAAGAAGAAAUGGUUAGUAUGACAUUAGCCAAGGAAGAACUGGAAAUCAGAAUUAUAUUCUUGAAACACAAACUAGAUGAGCAGCUCUCUUGUGCUACCUUGCUGGAACAAUGUAAAGAUGAGAAUCGUGAGCUUGCAAAUGAGCUGUCUCAACAGAUUCUGAAGACCGAGGAAUUCAGGAACUUAUCCAUCCAUCUGAAGGAGAUUAAUGAUAAUGCUGAUGCUGAUGGUUUGGAGGUUAGAAUGUCUGAGCAUGAAGAUCUGCAUGUGUUUGAUGUAGACCAAUUAAAGAGCAAGCUGCCAGAUGCAGAAGAAGAAACAGUUUCUUUGGCGUUGGCCAAGGAACAGUUGGAAAUCAUGAUGAUAGUCCUCAAGCACAAACUAGAUGAACAGCUUGCUUGCAUAAGUUUGCUGGAAGAGUAUGAAGAUAAGCUGAUGACCUUACGUUCCACAAAUACUGACCUUUCUAACAAGCUUUCUCACCAAAUUUUGAAAACUGAAGAAUUCAAAAACUUAUCCAUCCGUUUGAAGGAGCUCAAAAAUAAGGCUGAAGCUGAAUUGCUUCUUUCUCAUGAAAAACGAGAACCUCAAGGACCACCUGUUGCUAUACAAGAAUCGCUGCGCAUUGCCUUCAUCAAGGAGCAGUAUGAGACCAAGAACCAAGAGCUAAAGCAGCAGCUUGCUAUCUCCAAAAGGCAUGGAGAAGAGAUGCUUCUGAAAUUACAAGAUGCUGUGGAUGAGAUUGAAAGCAGGAAAAGGUCAGAAGCUUUGCACUCCAAAAGAAAUGAAGAACUGGCACUCAAACUUUUGGCACUUGACGCUGAAUUGCAGUCCGUACUUUCUGAAAACCGUGAAAAACUCAAGGCCUGUGACCGAAUGAAGGCAGAGUUGGAAUGUGCACUACUAAGUCUUGAAUGUUGCAAAGAAGAAAAGGAAAAACUUCUGAUGUCUAUGCAUGAAUGUGAGAAGGAGAAGUCAAGUGUUGCUGCUGAACUUUCGUUGACAAAAGGAAAACCGGAGAAUGUCGCAUUUUCUGUAGUUACUUGUAAGGAAGAAACUGAAGGAGUAGAUAAAGUGCAGCUUUUGCUUGAUGAGUCAACUGGAAAUUGUUUUCCUAAUGCUGUUGACCCUGAUAAUUUGAUUGAUGGGGAACAGGUAGAAGAUGCAAACACAAUUGUAGUUUGUGAAACUGAAGAUUCGAAUUUGGCUCUAAAUGCACAAAUCCUCAAGGAUGAUGCUGUAUAUAAAGUCAUGCAUGAAACUCCUAGACAUGCACUUCUUGAAAGAGAGUUGCAGCAAAGCCAUGUAAAGCAAAACAGCUAUUAUCUUUGUACCGAUAGCUUGCAGUCCAGCAUUAACCACCUACAUGAACAGCUCGAAAGGAUGAAAAAUGAGAAUUCCCUCUUUACCAAUGAUCUCCAUAUUGACUCAGAUUGCCAAAAUUUACGGAGUGAGCUUAUGUGUUUGGACAAGGCCAAUGAAGAACUCAGAAGCAUAUUCCCCUUGUACAAUGAAAUUUCAAAUACUGGUAAUGCAUUGGAAAGGGUGCUUGCAUUGGAGAUGGAGCUUGCCGAAGCAUUGAGGGCAAAGCAUCAAUCCAAGAGUCAUUUCCAAAGUUCCUUCCUAAAGCAACACAGUGAUGAAGAAGCUGUUCUAAAGAGCUUCAGAGACAUCAAUGAGUUGAUUCAAGAAAUGUUGGAAGUAAAAGGAAGAUAUGCAGCUGUGGAGUCUGAAUUGAAAGAAAUGCAUGAACGUUACUCCCAACUGAGCCUUCAGUUUGCUGAGGUUGAGGGUGAUAGGCAGAAACUCAAGAUGACACUCAAGAACAUGCGCGCAUCCAGAAGACUGAUGCACCCAAAUCGAUCUUCAUCAGCCCUUAACGCUGAUCUUUCUUCCUAAGAACAGGUGUAUAUCAUUGCUUCAAGUGCCUUGAAGAUGUAUGUUUGUGAAAACCAGGAAGCUUUCCUUGAGAGUUUCCCUGGAGAAUAAGUUCAGACAGUAGGUGGCAACCAGAAGCUAAAUAGCAAUGUUGUUUUGUGUACAUAAACACUUGUAAUCAAAUUUUGUCCGGCUUAAAUUACAGGUGUAGAUUUCUGUAAUGCUAGGUAUUUCUCUUCGCUCCACCUUUUUCUGUACUUUGUAACUUACAAACAAAUCGUAAUUUCUUAUGUAUAGUAAAUUACUACAUUUCUCUUU